AUGGGCAACCCAGAGGAUUUCUUUUGGGAGGCCCUCCUGAAGGAGAACGAAGCACCAUCCCCACCACCUGUCUUCUUUGAAGCACCAACGCCCCUCACCAACAGAGAUGGCGAGGAUCCCUCCUUGUUGGAUAACCAACUUCUGUCCUACAUCUCGCGUAUGCUCAUGGAGGACGAGACAGGUUCUGCUGCUGCUGCCAAGUUGCAGCGUGUCGACAGGGGCAGCACAGAGGACUUGUUGCCAGGCACUGAAGUGGUGAGGGCGUUCUUGAAGGGCAUGGAAGAGGCCAGCAAGUUCUUGCCCAGAAACAACGGCUUCGGAAGUGAGGAGACGGUGCAAGGUCAUGGCAUGGGACGAAGGAAGAAAAACCAUGACAGGGAUGAGCAGCAGCAGCAGCUGGAGGAGGAAGUGGGGAGUAGCAGUAAAUUAGCUGCUUUGACGAUUGCAGCGGCGGAGGCGACUGGUGCCCGCGAGAUGCUGGAUGAACUGAUGCUGCACGGGCACGAGACAUGCAUCAAGGACAUGGAGAAGCUGCGGGUUGACAUGGACAAGGAAGCGGAGAAGAAGAGCAGCAGCAGCAAGGUGGUGGACCUACGGAUGCUGCUGAUCCGACAGCCAGCAGUGUGCAGGGCAGGUGCUAAAGAAGAUCAGGCAGCACUCGUCGGCGACGGGCGACGCCAUGCAGCGGGUGGCUCACUGCUUCGCCAAGGGGCUGGAGGCACGGCUCGACGGCAGCGGGAGGCAGCUGUAUCAGAGCCGGUGGCGCAUGGAAGCAGAAGCUGCACAUCGUCGAUUACGGCGGACUGCGGGCUGCAUUGGCCGGACCUGUUCCGCCGGCUGGGAAGCCGGGAGGGCGGGCCGCCGGAGGUGAGGAUCACCAUCGUCGACAUCCCCCAGCCUGGGUUCCGUCCAGCCCAGAGGAUCGAGGCAUCAGGACGCUGUCUCAGCAGCUGCGCCAAAGAGCUGGGUGUCCCGUUCAGAUUCCAAGCUGUCGCGGCGGCCAAGUGGGAGACCGUUGGUGCCGAUGACCUGCACAUCGAUCCCGACGAGGUGCUGGUCGUCAAUGACCUCCUCAGUUUCAGUGUGCUCAUGGACGAGAGCGUCUUCUCGGAGGGGCCAAGUCCCAGGGACGUUGCACUCCGUAACAUCGGCAGGAUGCGGGCAGACGUGGUGUUCAUCCAGGGCAUCGCCAAUGCCAACCACGGCGCUUCCUUCCUGUCAAGAUUCCGUGGCGCGCUCCUGUAUUACUCGGCGCUACCUGGUGGAGCGCCCUGA